UUCAUGAAAUGGGGAUUAUAUUCCAAAUUCUUGUAGUCUACUUCUUGUUGUUGGUUAGCUGCUCAGCCAACAAAAGUGUUCCUGCUUUUUUCACUUUUGGCGAUUCCUUGGUUGAUGUGGGAAACAACAACUACCUUCAAACCGUAGCAAAGGAAUUGGGUUUCGUAAAUUUUACUCCUCCUUACUUGGCACCAACUACCGUUGGAGACGUUCUUCUACAGGGUGUCAAUUAUGCUUCCUCUGGCUCUGGAAUUUUAAAUUCUACUGGAUCUAUCUUUGGUGACCGAAUCAAUUUUGACACGCAAAUAAGUAACCAUGGAAGAACCGUGCGUGCUAUCAUGUCGAGGAUUGGCAUUCCUGCAGCUCAGAAAUUGUUGAGAAGAGCCAUCUAUGGGGUUGCAACUGGCUCUAACGAUAUAAUGGUCAAGGAGUCUGCACCUGCCAUGUCCGAAGAAGCUUAUUUGGAUUUA